AUGCAAGCUACAAGGGACCUGAGAAGAACGACAUCACAGAGAAGUAACAAGGAAGGACCACGUCGCAGAGCAGCUGAAGCUUUGGAAACGAGGCCGUCAAGUGCUACUUAUUCUCUUGGCCUGUCACAGAGUGGAUCUUCAUCUCCCGCAUCAGAUAGGCUGGCAGGCUGUACUCUCAGCAGCUCAUGGGAUCCCAGUGUCUCCAUUCCAAGGCGAAGUAGGCCAUUGAAUGCGGAAACAUCUGCUCCAGCGGACGUUCAACCUUCCAGAGGUUCGAGCUCCAGGAAUUAUUCAGAGGGGAGCCUUGGAGGAACACAAACGGUUCAUGCAAUGUCCCAGCGAUUGGAUCAGCAGCCACCCCAACCUCGACAACUUCUGUCAAGACAGAGGUCAAUGUCAAGUGUGGAAGAUUCAAAGUAUGCACGAGAUUUUGAACAGAUCAUCAGGCUCCUUCACACGAUCAGGCUCAACCAAGAAGAACACGGUGAGCAGCUGCAUUUGAUCAUGUCGGAAAUGACAACUCGGGUGCAUGAAGAGCUGGAUGAUGACUUCCUCCAAAGGCCAUUCGAGGACCUCGAUGAAUUUUUGUUCUUUGACAAUGAACUGAAAACAUCGGCUGACAGAAGAGAGAAACUGAGAGCCUUUUUCUGCAAAUUUGGGGGCCGACACGCAAAGGAGAAGACUGUUGUAGCCCUGCAGCAUUUGAUGGGUGACACAGUUGCCGAGCAAUUUAGUUGGUACGGGAAAAAAGGGAAGAUGAAGUUCUAUGAACUUAACAGUUGUGAUAUCCUGCUGAAGGCCCUUUGUAGAGCAAGAACUCGGUCAAAAGCAAGUGGCACAGCUGCAGACACUACCCCAACCUACAAGGAAGUUGAAGCUGCAGUAAAGGACUGGCUGCGUAGGGCUAAAGAACGAAGAGCCAGCCGUAGUAAAGCACAAGUCUCCCAAGAGGAAGAACUCAUCCCAGAUCCAGAAUGAGCAGCACAGAUUAAUGUCGUCUUCAAGCCACAUCGGCUAUAUGCAGGUUGGCAAAAGAUGUUACCUGCAGCCAGCAAACAAUGCUCAGCACAGUUAGGGGAAGCACUGCGCUAUCCGCACAUUGAGCUUAAAUUUGAGGGUGAUUUAAGGCUGCAGUGAAAGAUUAC